AACCUGAAAAAAAUAAAUAUCAUGUUAAUUGUAGAAUAAUUAUUAUAACUAUUUUAAAAUGGCAACUUUACCACCACGUAAAAAUACAACACCUACUAAAAUAUCUAAGCAACAUUUAACACCUUUACAAAUUUUAUUACAAUUAGGAUUUCCGAAACAUCGAGCAGAAAAAGCAUUAGCUGCAACUGGAAACAGAGGAGUACAGCUUGCGUCAGAUUGGCUCCUUGCACAUAUUAACGAUGCUACUUUGGAUGAUAACACACCUAGAGAAUAUAUUUUGUAUGCGUGUCCAACUGGACCAUUUUUAGAACAAUUGCAAAAUUUUUGGGAUAAAUCUUUGUCGUUAUGUGGAUGGAAUGGGGCACAUAACUUCACACCACAUAUUACUUUAGUGUCUUUUUUUAAGGCACCUGAUGAAUGUGCUUUACAAUUAGCGCAAACACUUAAACAAGUAAUGGAUCGACCCGGUGCUAGACUUAAUGAACCUUUAAAAUUAGAGACUUAUACUUCACCGAAUUUCAUGGGAUUUUUUGUAUCUGAAACUCACGCGGAUGUUUUGAAAAGGAUUGCUAUGCAAUAUGUGAAAGAAGUUUCAAAUGCUAUAAUUAACGACACUUACGAACAAUUGGAUGCACUGACAGCAUGUUUUCCUUGGUGUACAACAACAACAGCUCGAUGUAUUCCGCGUGGGAAUAGAUCCAUUAUCUUAGAACCACAUGUAAAGUCGUUACACUUAACUUUGGCGUAUCAAUUUCCUGGAUCUCAAUUUAGUACAUUAAAAAAUUUAGUAGAUACUUUAGAUCCAAACGCACCUGUAUCAUGGGAAUUGCGUCUCUAUUCACGUGAUACACGCAUGUCUGGCAAACAAGUACAUAAAGUAUUACACGCACAUUCCCCACGUGAAUCAGAUGAAUUAGAAUUAAGACUAGGUGAUUAUAUUUAUAUUAGCAGUGAAGCUUUAGCUUCAUCAUUAGAUGGUUGGGUUGAGGGUACAUCAUGGUUAACGGGUGCUAUUGGACAUUUACCAGAAAGCUAUACGGAACGUACAGCUGAGUCGGAUGCUUGGACAUUACAUACCAAAGUACCUUUAUAUGAAUUUCAAGAUACAGUUGAUGGUGUUUCGGGCGAUGAUAAUUGUGAAAAUGAGACAUUACGCGAAUGUAAAACACCACCAGCUAUCCCACCACCCCCAUCCGAUGAUGCUUUACAACAAGAUACUUGUAAUUAUGAGGAAAGUUUUACGUAUGGGAAUUUAGAACAUAAAACAAAUUCACAAAAUAAUAUUGAAACAAUAGAGAAGACAACACCGAGGCAAGUUUAUAUUUUACGGCAUGGAGAACGUGUUGAUUUUACAUUUGGUACAUGGAUUCCAUAUUGUUUUGAUCAAGAUGGAAAAUAUGUGAGAAAAGACUUGAAUAUGCCAAAAUCAGUACCCGAACGAAAAGCUGGACAUCAUGGUUUUUUGAAAGAUUGUCCAUUAACCAAUGUUGGUAUUUUACAAGCGACAUUAUUGGGUGAAGCUUUAUUACAAGCUGGAAUUAAGAUUAAUCAUGUGUUUUGUUCUCCGUCGUUACGUUGUAUACAAACUUGUUCAGCUGUACUUGAAGGUAUGAAAGUAAAUAAAGAUAUGAAAAUAGCCAUAGAACCAGGAUUAUUUGAAUGGUUAGCAUGGUAUUCGGAUAUGUUACCAGAUUGGAUGACAAUCGAUGAAUUAAAUGCAGCUGGCUAUAAUAUUCGUGAUGAUUACGUACCAUUCAUAACAAAUGAAGAACUUAUUGAUUCACGUGAAAGUUGUGAACAAUUUUAUUUUCGCAGUUCCUUUGUCACACAAAAAGCUAUUGACACGACCGCACAUUUGGGUGGAAAUAUACUAAUUGUGGGUCAUGCAUCAACAUUAGAUGUAUGUUCCAGGCAACUGUUAGGACAUGCGCCACGUACAAGUCAAGAAAUGACACGAUUUAUACAAAAAAUACCAUAUUGUAGUUUAGCUGUGAUGCAAGAAAUAAUUAAUGAAAAUACUAAUAGUGAUGAUGAAAAUAAAAUAAAAUGGCAAUUAGUGGAACCACCGUGUCCGCCUACAACACAUUCCAAUAAUCAACGGUUUGACUGGAAAGUAUUACUUUCUUAAAAAUCUAAUAUGUAUUUAAGAUGUGUAAUAUUUUGAAUUUUCUUUUUCAAAAUGUAUAAAAGACAUUUUAUUUAUUUGGAAAAUUUAGAUAUUUAAUAGAUUACUUAAUGAUUGUAUUUAUAUCAUAGCGUAAGCAAAACAGGAUGACCGUUGCGCAAUUUACGUAAAUAACCUAUUGAUAACUGGGAGUUGCAACUCGCCAACUGGCGAUAAUAAUUCCUACUAAUUAAAAUCAGAAGACACGAAUUCCGUAGU